ACUCCAGUUCCAUUACACCUAUCCUUCACUCAAAAAGACACAUUACAUCUGGCUCAUGGAAGAUCACCGCAACUCUGUUCUUGAAUGGCCAUACUUUCACAAAGAAAAGAGUGCAGAGGAGUUGACACAGUCACUUUGGUCGACUACAAUGGAGCUUGAAGCAACAAGGAUCAGGGUUCAAGAAGAGAUCAGAGCAAGAGAUGAUCAGUUAAAUCAACUCAAAGAUCUUCUGAAUGACGCCAUUAAAGAAAGAGAUGAAGCUCAUAGCAAAUACCAAUCUCUUCUCCUUGAUAAUAAAUUGCUUCUUCAACAGCAAUUUCACCACCACCGCCGGUACACACACCAUCAAACCACCACACCCCCGCCACAAUCUGGUGUUUCAAGUAUUGAAGAUGAACCCAUCACCAAUUGUGGCUUCUCUUCCUCAGACUGUGAAGAAAGCAUCGUUUCCUCUCCACCCAUCGAAAACCCAGUUCAAUUGCGACCGCCGCCGCAGCAGGAACUGCGGUUUCCUGUGGUUCAGCCAAAAGGGUUGCCGGAAAAGGGGAAGUUCUUAGAAGCAAUGUUGAAAGCAGGGCCUUUGUUACAGAACCUCCUCCUGGCAGGACCACUCCCACAUUGGCAGCACCCACCUCCGCCGCUGGACACCUACCAUAUUCCAUCGCCGCCGUUAGUGAUCUCAACUCCAACUUCCCACCAUCUAUCCAAUCAAGAUUUCUUACGGAGAAUUACCAACAGUUGCGGGGAGUUUAACACCAAACGAGCGUUUUCUGAAGACUGUGAUUCUUCCACUGAGACCAAAUACCAGAGAAUUGCCCUAAAUUGACUCCUAUUACUGCAUUCCGCGUUUCUGCUUCAUCGCAUAUACAAAAAAAGAUUUGACUUUACGGUCAAAUAACAAAAUUAUUUUUAAAGUUGUUUUUUUCUACAAAACGACACCAAGUAGUUAAGAAAUUGAUCUGGGUAUUGUGAUGUGAAGGUGUUUGCAGCUGGUCUACCCAAUUUGUACAUAGGAUUUAUAUUGAGUAGCAUAAAUCAAGAAAAUGCUUUCAAGCCAUUGAGACAAAAAUAGAGAAAAUUGUUUUCGUAUUUUUAGAACCC